UUAGAGGAAGAGGUUAGUCUGACUGACUGACAGGCGGAACACAGGAGGAAACAAAACAACCCCCCAAACUAGCUCUAGCAGUGUUUAUCUGCUUGCUUGUUUAUUUUUGUGACACUGCUGUAAUAAAGUAAGAUAUUUCACCAAAGCAUACACGUAUAAUCAGCUGACACCGUCGAGCAAGUGUCGCCGUGGUCCUCUGAGGAGACUGGACUGGACUGUUGACAGAACCGUCUAUAAGCUACCAGCUAACGGUACCAACUCUCAAUUACAUCUAUAACACUGUACGGCUAGGAUUAAAGUCAGCUUCACACACUCUGUCCGGGACCAUGGCAGGCUUUCUACAGCGCCACCACGCGGCUGUGGCCUGUCUCCUCUUGUGCUACUUGACCGGUGGCCUGUCCAUGCCGGACCCCAGGCAGAGAGAGGCCCUCAUACAGCUGGAGGCCUCCAUGCAGACAGGUGGGCAGGUGGUGUUGACUGAUGCUGAGCAGCGGCUUGAUGCUCUUCUGUUUCAAAUGAAGCAGAAGGAGGUAGUGAGAGCAGACUUUCCUCCCGCCAUGCACUUCUUCAAGGCCAGGGACCUCAUCAGGAACAGUCCCAUCUUCAACCUGCUCCAGAAGAUGCCUAAAGGGGGAGCUCUCCAUGUCCAUGACUUUGCCAUGGUAGACGUGGAGUGGCUGGUGAUGAACGUAACCUAUCGGCCCCACUGCUACAUGUGCUUCACUGACAAACAGUCCAUCAGAUUCAUCUUCUCGUCCCAAUGGCCCAAAGCUCUGCCACUAUGCUCCCCUUGGACCCUGCUGGAAAACCUCAGGGCCAAGAUGGUCAAUACCACGGAUUUCGACAACAGCAUCAUGGGCAACAUGACGCUCUUCACUUAUCAGGAUCCAGAAACAGUGUACCCCAGUCAGGAUGUGGUCUGGGAUAAAUUUGAACAGGCCUUCCUUGCAGUGUGGGGCCUGGUCACAUACGCUCCUGUGUUCAGAGACUAUUACUACCAAGGUCUCACCCAGUUCUACAUGGACAACGUCAUGUACCUGGAACUGCGAGCUUUACUCCCAGAGAUAUACGAGUUGGACGGCAGCACUCAUGACACAGCCUGGACUCUGAAGACCUACCAGGAGGUCACCAGACAGUUCACGGCAGACCACCCAGACUUCUUUGGAGCAAGGGUCAUCUUCACAAUCAAUAGGGGAGUAAAUGCAUCCGUGAUGGCCAGAGCUGUGGAGGAGGCUAUGAAGCUACAGAGAGACUUCCCAGAUAUCAUGGCUGGUUUUGACCUGGUGGGCCGUGAGGACAGAGGCAGACCCUUGUGGUACUUCAGAGAUGCCUUGUCGCUGCCAGCAGAGAGAGGGGUGACGCUUCCUUUCUUUUUCCACGCUGGAGAGACCAAUCUCGAGGGCACAGAAGUAGACCAGAACUUGCUGGAUGCUCUUUUGUUGAACACUUCCCGUAUUGGCCAUGGAUUUGCUCUGCUUCGCCACCCAGUGGCCAAAGAUCUAUCCAGAAAGAGAGGGGUGGCUCUGGAAGUGUGUCCCAUCUCCAACCAGGUGUUGAAGCUAGUAAAUGAUAUGCGAAACCACCCGGCAGCUGCACUGAUGUCAGAGAACCACCCAGUGGUCAUCAGUUCUGAUGACCCUGCCAUGUUUGGUUCCUCUGGACUCUCUUAUGACUUCUAUGAAGCUUUUGUGGGCUUCGGUGGGAUUAGAUCCCAUUUAGGCUCCCUCAAAGAGCUGGCCAUAAACUCUAUCAGGUACAGUUCUUUGACUCCAAAGCAACAGGAGAAAGCCCUGGCCCUGUGGCAGAGAAGAUGGGAUAAGUUUGUCUCUGAAAAUGCUUUUUAGAAAGAAACUAUGAUUUUUUUUUUUUUU